AUGGCUGAUCCUAGUACUGCUGAUGUGCAGGCCGAGUUGAAGGAGUAUCUUAACUCGAAGAACAUUAACAGUCUCUUCAUUCAGAUCGUCGAGCGGCUUCUUAUCGAGAAACCUGACAAUCCGAUCGGCUUCAUCGUCGAGUACCUGGCCAAGAGGUAUCCAGACGAAACGAGGGCAGCGAAGGUUGGCCAUGCCAUCACCCAGCGCACGGGAUCUCUGGCGAGCAACUUGACAUCAGCAUCCAGCCGUGUCGAAUCGGAGGAAGAGCAAACAGAUUCAGAAGACGACGAGUAUUUGGACGACAUCGACCUCCAGCCCACGACAGUACCCAAAAAAAUCGUGCGGCGUGAAUCUGUGUCAGCGGAACAAGUUGGAGCAAACACGAAGCAGCCGGAGCUAAAGAUCGUGCCCAAGAGCGAUGAGGAAUCCACGAGGAUUCAUGAAAUUCUUCGCGAAAACUUACUGUUCAAGCACCUAGAUUCGCAGCAGACGGACCAGGUGAAAGACGCCAUGUUCCUAGUCCAGCACGAGCCCGACGACGUGGUCAUUCGUGAAGGAGACGCCGGUGACAACUUUUACGUGAUCGACGAAGGCACCUUCGACGUUUACAUAAAAAAGGAGGGCGUGGAAACAAAGGUAAAAUCUCUGGGGCCUGGAGAGUCUUUCGGUGAAUUGGCGCUGAUGUAUAGCACGCCCCGCUCAGCCACGUGCAAGGCCGUGACGAAAGCGCGCCUAUGGGCGUUGGACCGCAUUUCGUUCAAGAUAAUUCUGCAAGCAACCACAACGGCUCGGCGGAAGCAGCAUAAGUCGUUCCUCGAAAGCGUCCCUACGUUGGAGCAGUUGACGGAAUACGAGAUAUUGACUAUCGCGGAUGCUCUGGUGGAAGACUCGUACGAGGAUGGAGACGUGAUCUGUACCCAGGGGGAGGUCGGAGAUGCAUUUUACAUUAUCAAGAAGGGAUCCGCCAGCGUGAUCCAGACCGAUGCAUUGGGUGAAUCGCAGGAAAUCGCCCAUCUGGACAUGGGACACUACUUUGGCGAGGUGGCCCUGAUAUUUGCUCAGCCUAGAGGAGCAACAGUGAAGGCGGUUGGCCCCUUACAGCUUCUGUCACUGGAUCGCCGCACUUUCAAGCGGGUCAUGGGCUCAAUGGAAACGAUACUAAAACGGAACAUGAAGGCAUACAAGCGAAUCGCGGCGAGCAACAUUUGA